GUUUAACAUACGAUGAGACGCCGGCAUUGUACCACUGGAAGCUAUAUCUAGGUUAUCGCCUGGGAGUAUUUCACAACAGCAGUGACGGAAGCAAGGCCUGACAGUCAUGGCUGUACAAGGGGCCAACAUAGAUCGGGGCUACUCUUGGGUGGUGCUCUCGGCAGCCUUUGGAAUCCAGUUUCUCGUGGGCAUGCUGAUUUUUAAUGUGGGAGCCAUGACCAGCGCCAUCUUAGAGGAAAUUGACAGCGACCUGACCAGGACGUCAUGGGUAGGAGCUACACUGAACGCAACAAUCACUUUACUGGGUCCAUUCGUGGGUAUUUUUAACCGCAAAUUUGGUGCCAGGGUUACAACAUGUGUGGGAGGUUUGAUCACAUUCAGUGGACUCACAGCAGCCUCCUUUACUAGAACUGUGCCCGGCCUUCUUGGAACAUAUAGCUUUCUUUCAGGUUGUGGAUUUGCCUUGAGUGUCAACGUUGCCGGAUCCGUUCCUGGUCACUACUUCGACAAGAAGCGUCCAAUAGCCUUUGCUGUGUCUAUGUCUGGGGGUGGAUGUGGAAUGUUUCUAGGAGCUCCACUGAUCCGAUACCUCCUUGAGACAUAUUACCUAAGUGGGACAAUACUCAUCUUAGGGGCCUUGUCAUUCCAUAUAUGCAUAGCUGGGCUUAUCAUAAGGGAUCAGGACAGCAAAAGUGCUGAAACAGCAAACGAAUCUUUUGAAGAGCUUCCUAUCAGGUGUACAAAGGAUCCAACCAAACCGUGUGGUAGUGAUUCAUCAGUGGCGCUUGAAAGUGAAUCAAAACGAUUGAUGGGUGAUGAAGACACUGAUGAAAAACAUCAACCUGAAGCAAACAAGUUCACCAAAGAGAAUAUCGAGUCCAAAUGGACAAUCCAAAAGUCAUCUAGUCAGGCUGUCGAUGAUAACGGAGCUCAUGUACUUGACACAACACCGUCUGGGGAAAGUAGAAAAUAUAAACUGCUACAAAAUCAUUUUUCUAUUGCUAUGCGAAGUGGAUUUAUUGUGUAUGUAGUAAGCAUUUUAUUUUGGUCUAUAGGAGAAUCAUCUUGUUAUCUUCAUCUGCCCAACUAUGCAGCUUCUAAAGGAAAUUCACCAACCGAGUCUAGUACUCUUUUCACAAUCAUGGGCAUUAUGAAUGUUAUAUCCAAGAUUCUGGCAGGGUUUGCAGCCACAGACCCUGCCAUUGGUUACUACCUUCUCCAUAUGGGGAUGCUUGGCAUGGGAGGGUUAAUAACCUUGUUAUUUCCUCUCAUGUCGAAUCAGUUCUACCUACAAUGCAUAUAUGCAGCAAUCUUUGGACUGCAAAUGGGAGGACCAAAUUCACUCCUUAGUCCUAUUACUAUAGACCUUAUUGGACUGUCUGCUAUAGAAGUUGGAUUCGGAAUGCUGAUGUUUUCUUUUGGAAUUGGAUUCCUGGUUGGAGCUCCCCUUGCAAGUACCAUCUUUGAAGUUAGUGGAGUGUACGACUACACUUUUGUGUUUGCAGGCCUUUGCAUGAUACUCGCUUCUGUCUGUGGAGCCCUCCUACCCAUGUUCAAAGGAAGGAAUUCUUCACAACUUCGACAGUCCUUUGAAAGUCAACAUGACCUUGAAACUGCAUGUAUGAAUUAAAAAGAAUAACAUUUCAUUCGGGGCAGUAAAAAAUCAAAACUGA